GUCGCGCGCGUGGAGGUUAAAAACCCGUCCAAAAAGGGCCGUGACGGGCACGGCACGCGCACACGAAACAGUUGACCAAUCACGUGAGCCAGAGCGAGGGAACGCACCGUAGAAUCGGCCAAUCGGUCGACGUCCGAUCUAAGGGACAAUUCUGUGACAUCGCCUCGGGAGAGUCGACGACGGGCUUGCCACCUUGCACUAUCUUGCGUACUGACUGCGUUCUCGUCGGGCUUUCGUUCGUUAUCCAUAUGAAUCUGUAUGAAUCGCGUCGAUUCGAUACCCGCACCCCGCACGAAUACAAUUUGUUUAUUUCUCGCGCGAUUGAGUUUCUUUUGCGCCUCUGAUCUGCUCUUUUUUUUGUCGCCGUGGCAAUUCUUAUUCUUUAUUUUUUUUCUUUUGUUUUUGUAUAAAUCGAAAUCGAGUGUAUUUUUGAGAAGAUUCUCAGGUGGAAGACUUGAAGUAAAUAUUUCUUUCUUGUCUCUGCUAUCAUUCAUUAAUAAUGUCCAUUCCUAUCAAUAAGUGCAUUUCUAUCGGUUAUAUUUCCUAAAUAAAUAUAUCAAUUAGGCACAAUCACGAUCAGUAUCGAUCAUUAGUAUCACUCUCUCCCAAUAUAGAUUAACUAUAAAAUCUCGAUUUAACUUUUUUUCUAGUUCUAAGAAUUAGAAAAAAGUAAAUUAAACCGAGAUUAAAAUUAAUCUAUAUUGGUAAAAAUUCAUUUAAUUGACAGGUACAUUAAUUUAGGAAAUAUGACAGUGCAGCUGCAAGGAUUGGACCCAAGUAAAAAAUAAUUUCACUAAAAUGAAAAGAACAGAAAGAAGAAAAAGAGAGAAGAAUUGAUAAAGAAAAAGAAAUAAAAUCCAAGAUAAUAAACUGGACAUUAGAUUCCUUGGAGAAUAAAAGUUUAAUAAAUAAAUUGUAUAUUUGUUGACUAAAUUAAAGGAAUCAUGAGUAUGCUGGAUGUUAUUUAUCUUAUUUCUUCACGAAAUAACGCUUUUAUAUGGAAUGCUGACGAUUGGCUGACACUUCGGCGGGAUCAUAGAAUAAUCGGCGAGUUAGUGGGUUCUUUCCCAAAAUCGACUAGACAAGAGGUAUUUUUAGGUCUCCCAUUGCUUUUGUUGCCCGAAGAGGUUACUUUAUUGCUCGAAAAGAAAAUUGCUUGCCUCGUAGAGUGUACAAGUCUAAAGACACAGCCGAAUGAAUCGUUAAGCCAAAGAUUUCAGGAGUACAGGGACAAACUGUUCCUGGAGCAAGUAGACUGUUUGAAAGACAACAGAAAGAAACAGAUUGCCUCUGUGAUGGGCAAAAUUGUGGAAGGAAAAAAGCGCAAAAUGUUAGGUUUGCAUACAAGCAAAAAGAAUAUGAAGAAACCGUUGGACAAAAAGAUGCAGGAAGCAUUGAAUAACAUUGAAAUCGAUACUGAAAGUUUGCUUGAAGAGGAACUAGCUAAAUUGCCUAAAUUGAACAAAAAUGAGGCACUUGUUCAAAUACAUACAGCGUAUCCAUGGUCGGACAAAGACGAUAUAAAAAUAGUGGAAUGGAAGUAUCUGCUUACGCCCGAUCAACAACUUAGAUACAAGGUGUAUAAAGAUCUUUGGGAGAGGCAGUAUUAUAUUACCAGUGGAGAAAAAUUUGGCGGCGACUUCCUAGUGUAUCCAGGCGAUCCGAUAAUGUUUCAUUCACAAUAUGUGGUACAGUGUAAACGCAAGGACGAAGAGAUACCUGUUACGGAAAUUGUGACUCAGUGUAGACUCGGUUGUCACGUUAGAAAGACAUUGGUGUUUGCUACAUACCAUGAAGAGGAAGAUACAGUGAAAUAUCAAUCUUUUCAGUGGACAGAAUGUAGUGUAUUAGAAAACAGCUGAUGUAACAAAGAGUUUUUUUGCUUAAAAA